AUGGAUGAAAAGGUGAAGUCAGGCGUUGAGCUGGACACAGUUUCUGCUAACUGUAACUACGAUGCCCACUACAAGGACCACACCAAGUACUGGUGCCGGGGCUAUUUCAGGGACUCGUGCAACAUUAUCGCCUUCACCCCUAACAGCACCAACCGGGUGGUCCUGAAGGACACAGGAAGCAAACUCAUCAUAACUGUGUCCUGCCUGGUCAAGGAGGACACAGGCUGGUACUGGUGUGGCAUCCAGCGGAACUUUGCCAGAGAUGACAUGGAUUUCACACAGCUGAUUGUGACUGACAACAGAAACAGCCGGGCCAAUGGGUUUUCGCCUGACCCUUCAGGGAACAGGAACCGGAGCUGUAGGACUUCCAAAGUUUUCCAAAAGGCAGAGGGCUCCAGAAUGUCCAUUCUGAUCAUUUGCAUACUGAUUACUGGUUUGGGCAUCAUCUUUAUAAUCAGUCAUUUGUCCAGGGGAAGGAGAAGCCAAAGGAAUAGAGGAGUUACUGGUAAAAGCAUUGCUAGAAGUUCCCAGCCAAGCAAGGCUCCUUCUGUGGUCUCCAUACCCUUGUAAGCAAAGAUUUGAAGUUCUUCCCACAUGUCCUGACUCAAGGAAAUGGCUCAAACUGAACACGUGACUGAAGAUGUCUUUCAUUUAGUUCCCAAAUAAAGUGAUGUGGUUACAGUUGAAUCUCCAUGACAACUAGCCUGCACCUCAGAGAAUGAUUCUGACCUUUCUGGAUUUCUAAAGGACUCUCUGACCUUGAAGCAAUCUUUUGUGGCAAGGUGACAACAGUGGUGGUCAGAAGAGCUAUGAAAGACCACACCAAGCAAGGCUGCCAUUGAAUAACAUCUCCAGACCUUAGCAUUAGAUUAGAUGGAGUGAAGAAGAGGUACAGAAUCUGGGAUAAGGGGAAAUGACUUGUAUUUUGUUUAUCAGUCAAUAAAUAUCUGAAUAGUA